AUGGCUUCCACACCUCAAUGCCACGUGCGCCGUUCUCCGCGCCUCUGGCGCAUCUCUCUGACUCCCACCAUUCGGAAGACGGGGGCCACCAACGCAAAGUCUCUCACUAUUGCUUCCUCGUCUGCAGCGGACGUUUCUGACCAAAUAUUAUCCCUCCCUCCAUACGGUAUGUACGACUGA